AUGGGUGGAUUUGGUUGUGAAGAUGAUGAGACAGGGAAGACUAUGAUGGAGCAGAGAACUGAGAUUCAAGUUCAAGGUGAUCCUCCGACGAUUAAGAUCACAAGUGAUACAAGAAAGAGUCAGAUGGGUCAUGAAGAUAAAACACGUGAUCGUAAUUGCCAGAAACGUAAAGAAGAUGAAGCAGACGCACUUAUGAAGAAAGCUGGAUUUGGUUUCAAUGCUGCAGCUAAUCCUAGUUUUAAGAGUACUAGACAGUUUGCUUCAGCCAAGAGGAUGAAUGCUCCAUCUAUUCCAAGUAAAGUUAAACCUCUCAGCUCAGAGGAAUCGUUCAAACUGUUUGCAUCUCAAAGCAGAAAGAGGAGGUACUCAGAUUCAUCUCAGGGGAAGGUUCUGCAUCUGGAGAAACAGAGGGAUGAAAGAAUGAGAGAUGAGUCCAGAAUUGUCCAAGAAAAUCGGAGUGGCUUUUCUUAUGAAUCUUUAAUCGCAAGGCAGAGGAAUCUGAUGGGUGGUGUUGGUUGUAAUGAUGCUGUAGGCACAGUUGGGACCGGAAAGAGUUCGAUGGGACAGAGAGCUGAGAUUCAUAGUGAUACAAGAGUGAAUCAGAUGAGUCUUGAAGGUAAUACACGUGAUCAUAAUUGCCAGAGGGGUAAAGAAGAUGAAGCACUUCAAUGUCUUAUGAAGAAAGCUGGCUUUGUUUCGAAUGUUUCAGCUAAUCCCAGCUUUAGGAGUCGACCGUUUCCUUCAGCCAAGAGGAUGUUUCCUCCAUCUCUUCCAAGUAAAGUUAAACCUCUAAGCUCAGAGGAAUCUCUCAAAUUGUUUGCAUCUCAGAGCAGAAAGUGUAGGCAGUUAGAUUCAUCCCAGGGCAAGCUUCUUCAUAUGGAGAAACAGAGAGAAAACAGGAUUGGUGCAGUCCCUGGAGUUGAAGUUGGGGAUGCAUUCAAAUACAAAUUAGAGCUCAAAAUGAUAGGUCUCCACUUCAACGUCUUUAGAGGGAUUGAUUUUAUGAUUGUCGAUGGUUUAUACAUGGCUACAAGUGUGGUUAUUUCAGAUGGUGCUCCCUACAAGGAUUCAUUCACUUCUGGUAUUGUGACUUACUGCGGUGAAGGGGAUUACCUGAAGAAAAAAAAAUUGAAACCAGCAGCAGAUCAGAAGAUGGAAAGAGGUAACCUUGCUCUAUCUAAUAGCAUGAGAACACACAGACCUGUGAGGCUGAUCCUUGGCUUGAAGAACAAAGGAGAAAAGGAAUAUAUAUAUAGAGGCUUGUAUACAGUUGAGAAGUGUUGGGAGGAGGAAGGGCCCCUAGGAAAUAAGGUUUUCAAGUUUGAGCUUCAUAGACUUCCUGGUCAAAAAAUUGUGUUGUAA